AAAAAUUUUAUUACUAUGGUAAGUAUUACAACUAAUAAAAAAGAUUCAAUAUGAUUUAUAUAAAUAUUUUUUUUAAAAUUCUUUACGCAUAUUGAAAUUUCUUCGGACCCUAAAUAUACGGUCCUAAGAGCUCAAUGUACACGAUCAGGUCGCCAUCUACACUAAAUUUUAAACUAUUAAUUUUAAUAUACAUCAAUGUGAUUUACUAUAUACAUAUACAUACGCGUUGUCUUUAUGAAUUGAAAUAUUUAACUUAAGUUUGGCAUGCAAAACAGGAUUUUAAAUAUAUAAUCUUAACUUGAAAAUUUUCUCGCCAGAUGGCGAAUCGAUAAAACUCAAAGCUCAAUAACGUAGUUAUAAAAAUCCGAAAAGGGUAUUAUCCUUUUACAGACUAGAAAUGUCUGAUUUUACACUAUUAGGUAGAAAAUAUAUAUAUGUAUAAAUUUGUUAUAUUAUUAUAUUUAUAAUAUUAAUGCUCAACAAUAAUAAAAGUAACCUAACAAUAUCUCGAUUAUAUAAUCUUUGAUACAUUAUGAUGUAUUACUUGACGCAAAUAAAACUCUUAUCAAACAAUUUCAAUGAACUCUUUAUAUAAUGAUGGAAGUAAUAUAAUUAAUUAGGAAUUUAUCAUUUCUAUAAAAUCUUAUAUACGUGAAGUUACAAGUUAAGAAUAAUGGGUGAUAUAAAUGAAAAAAAAAUGGGAAAAAAUGAAAAUCAUAAGGAGGAACAAAUUUCAUCUGCAUCAGAAAAUACUCAAUCUACUGAUAUUCAAUCAACAAAUAUAAAUAAAGAACAAGCGGAAACCAAUAAAUCUUCAGAAAAAAGCAAAAAUAUAGAAGAUAUUGAUGGACAGCAAUCAUCGACUGUACAACGAGAUACAGAAACAGUAAAACAAUUAAAGAAUCAGUUAGAAACUUUAAUGAAUUCUCUGGCUACAUUAUCCGCAGAAAAAUCAAAGAUGGAAGCUAAUUUUCAAAAUGACAGAAAACAAUUAAGAAUGGAACGUGAGGAAUGUGAGAAAGUAAUUAGAGAAUUAAAGGAAAAAUUAAAAAAAGGGCAAAAUCACAAUAUAUCUGAAAUAGAACAUGUGAAGUGUAAAUUAAUCAUGGAACGCCAUGAAAGAGAAAAAGAAAAAGCAAAUCAUGCGUCUACAAUAAAGGAACUACAAAAGAUGUUAAACGAAGAACUUCGUAAUAAAGAGCAGUUAGAACAGCAAUUGAAAAAUUUAUUUGCCAACAAAACGCAAUGUAAAAUUCUCGAAGCAGAAUUAGAAAUAACCAAAAAUAAGUUAAAACAAGCAGAGGAAGCAGCUAAAGAAACACCACCUCUUCUUCUUUCAUUGCAAGCUGAAAUGGUUGCUAUGAAGAAGCAACAUCGUUAUGCUAUACUUGAAGAACAGAGAAGAGCAGCAACUGCAGAGCAACAAGCUAGAACAUUAGCUAUGACUCAUGAAACAAGAGUAGCUGGUUUAGAAUCUCGCUUAGCUGAACUUUCUGAAACAGUAGGAGAAUAUGAUAGAUUAAGGCAACAAGAUCAACGUUCUAUUCAAAAUCUUAAGGACCAAUUAUCUAAUAUACAAGAUGCGGAACACAAAGAAUGUGUCAAUGUGCCAAACGAACCAGAAGAAAUAAUUUCUAAAAUAAAAAUCCUAUAUGGACAUUUAUUAUAUUUAGACAAUAAAAAAGAUGAUUCAGCUUAUGUAGAAUCAUUGUUAAAACAUUUGGAGUUAAAUGGUAAAUACAAAGAUUCUGAAUAUAAAGAAAAGUAUGAAACUCUAUUACAAGAAUUUAAAAUGCACAAAGAGCAAGUACUAACUAAAUACGAUGUUGAUACAAGCCUUUUACGUAAAGGGCAUCAACAAACUUACAACUUAAUGGAUUUACGUGAUAAAGAAAAUAGUAAAACUCAAUUACAUUUACUUAAAACUCAUAAUAACAAUUUAGAAGAAAGAAUACGUACAUUAAAUAGCAAAUUAAUACAGAAAGAAAAAGAAUUGCAGAUAAAAAUAGAUUAUUACCAACAGUUAUUACAAGAAGAACGUGCCAAAUCAGAACAUGUACUAUCACAAAAAGAAAAUGAAUUUCGUAGUAAAAUAUGUACAUUAGAACAACAAUUACUGCGUCAAAGAGAACGAUCCGUCGCACUUGUUCAAGAAAAAGAGAAAGAAAUCUUAACAUUGAAAGCAUCAUUUCAUGCAUUAAUACCAAAAAAAGAUUCUUCUUUCCGGGAAGGUGAAAGAAGUGUAAUAAAAUCCGAAAAUAAAUCAGAAUCCUCAGGCGAUAUAGUAACAGGAUUAUUAAAUAAUGAUAGUCCUCCUAUAUUGCAUUAUACUCAAGAAUUAGCAAGACAUGAAGUGCAGAUAUCAUCGACUAGAAAGAGAAUAUUAGAAUUGGAGGCAUUAUUAAGAGAAAAAGAAAGACAAUUGCUUCAUGUAACUGAGAAACAUAAAGAAGAAUUAAAAACUGUACAAACACAAGUGGCAAGAUUGGAAGCAUGUAAAUCUAGAGAAGGAGCAAAUUUAGAAUAUUUAAAAAAUGUACUUAUCAAUUAUUUAACUACAAAUGAUUCGUCAAGUAAGCGACAUAUAUUAAAUGCUAUAUCUACAGUUUUACGAUUUACACCAGAUGAGUUAGAAAAGGUCAAUCACGCUAAAUAGUUUUUGGAGUUUCAGUAAACAGGUAAACAUUAUUACAGAAAACAUAUCUCUAUUCUUUUAUAUUUUCUCAUUAUAUUUAUAUUAUUUCAUAGAUUAAAGUAGUUAAUAGAAUAUUGGUGAAAUAAAUAAAAUUGAUCAAGAUA